AUGACACCUGGUCACAUUGCCGAACUAGACCAGACUAUGCCACCUUACAGCUGCGAGAAAGGGUUGGUAAAAUGGCCAUACUGCAUUGGUAAACACAUGGAGUGUAUUGGGGAAUUGGCAACGGACUGUUCUGGUAACCACCAAGUCAAAUGCGGCGAUGGAACCUGUAUUCCCUCCGAGUAUCUCUGUGAUGGUGACAACGACUGCAGUGACAAAGCCGACGAGGUUCAUUGCGACAUCGCCAUCUGCUCCGGAGGCGAGGUGAAGUGCUCCAACAACAUCUGCAUCGAGAGGGAGUACAUGUGCGACCGCGACGACGACUGCGGCAACGGCUGGGACGAGGUGCAAGCCAACUGCGACGCCGUAAAAGCCGGCAGCGGCCGAUAAGAACACGCGCCCUCCCACUGGCACAAGUCAUCUGCGAUGUCGUAAGUUGAUGCCACCCGACGAACGAGCGUUUUCGCCAAGAGGUUUUCAAAUGACAGUUCAUCCUUUGUAAAUGAUAAGAAAAUAAUGUGCUCUUGGGGUGGAGAACUCGUCGGAGAUCGUAGAUGUAUUAAAGCCUGCUUUGUUGUGUUGAAUUAAAGAUGGUGAUGUAAGCUUA